CCUGACGCUACCCGUCGCGUCGCCGUCGUCCGAGUGCGUGCCCGCUUCCAAGAUGGCGGCGACGGUGUCUGGUUUGCUGGGCCGGGCGGGCUGGAGGUUUCUGCAGCUGCGGUGCCUGCCCGCGUCCCGCUGCCGAACGCCCCUGGCACCACGUUCCUUCCACACUUCUGUGGGGCUCAGGCUUUCAGAAGAGCAGAAGCAGAAGCCACCCCCAUCUUUUUCUCAGAAGCAUUCUGAGACACAGGAGGCAGAAAUACCUGGUUCAGAGUCUCAUCGUCCGCCUCCCAGGUACACAGACCAGAGCGGUGAGGAGGAGGAGGACUAUGAGAGUGAGGAGCAGCUGCAGCACCGUAUCCUUACAGCAGCCUUGGAGUUCGUGCCCGCCCAUGGCUGGACUGCAGAAGCCAUUGCUGAAGGAGCCCAGUCUCUGGGUCUCUCCAGUGCAGCAGCCAACAUGUUUGGGAGUGACGGCAGUGAGCUGAUACUGCACUUUGUGAGCCAGUGCAAUGCUCGCCUCACCCACGUGCUAGAAGAGGAGCAGAAGCUGGUGCAGCUGGGCCAGGCAGAGAAGAGGAAGACAGACCAGUUCCUGAGGGAUGCAGUGGAAACCAGACUGAGAAUGCUGAUCCCGUACAUUGAGCACUGGCCCCGGGCCCUCAGCAUCCUCCUGCUCCCUCACAACAUCCCACCCAGCCUGAACCUGCUCACCAGCAUGGUGGAUGACAUGUGGCAUUAUGCUGGGGACCAGUCCACUGACUUUAACUGGUAUACCCGCCGUGCUGUGCUGGCUGGCAUCUACAAUACAACAGAGCUGGUGAUGAUGCAGGACUCAUCUCCAGACUUCGAGGACACUUGGCGCUUCCUGGAAAACCGGAUUAAUGACGCAAUGAACAUGGGCCACACUGCCAAGCAGGUAAAGUCCACUGGAGAAGCACUGGUCCAAGGACUCAUGGGUGCAGCAGUCACGCUCAAGAACUUGACUGGUCUAAACCAGCGCCGGUGAGAAGAAGGAGUGAACCCACAUGCCUGGAAGGAGCAGCAGAUUUAAAGACCUUGACAAGUAAGAUGUGCCAUCCACAGAACAGGAUGCUAAUGAGAACCUGCUGAAGAACUUCAGAGUCACUACUACUGCCACAGGACUUGAAACUUCAGGGUACCUGAUACUGUUCUGACCUGGGAUUGGGCCAGUUCAUCAGUUCCUAGACUAGUCCUGGCCUCCUGGUGCCUUUCUGCAUUGAAACUGUGUGAUUAAAAAAUGAGACUUUGUAGGCCAGGCAUGGUGUUGCACACCUUUCAUCCCAGCACUUGGGAGGCAGAGGUAGAAAGAUUGCUGUGAGUUCAAGGCCACCCUGAGACUACAUAAUGAAUUCUAGGUCAGCCUGGUCUACAGUGAGACCCCACUUUGAAAAACCAAAAAAGAAAAUGAAACUUUGAUCCAGGCAUUCAUGCCACAUAAACUUAGUUGUAACCAUGCCAUGUUCUUCUCACAGGCAUUUUGAUCAUGUUUGGACCUUAAAAAAGCUCUCUGGGAAACUGGCUGUACACAUGCCUAUAUUCCCAGCCACAGCAGGAUUCAGAGUUCAAGGCCUGCUUGGGCUACAUGGUGAAUUCUAGGCCUGCAUGAGCUAUGUAGUGACACCGUCUCCAAAGGAAGAAAAAAAAAUUUAACCUCAAGAAAUACUCUGGGGGACUCCUAAACCACUGUCAUGGUCUGCAGCCCCCACAAGGUGUCAGCUCAUCCACAGCUGUCACAGGGAUGUGCACACAGAGGUAGAGGCAUUCCUGCCACUGUCAUGGUCCUGAGAUGCUGCUCCUGUGGAUCCCUUCUGAAAGCUGCCUUGUGUGAGGCAGGAGCCUUCUGGACAGUCAUGCACAAUCUGGCCAGAGGUGUAACCCAGACCUGCCACCAUGUACACCAGCAUGCAUUGCAGGAUCAUUAGUGUAUUUGGAAUCUGUAAAGAUAAUAAAUAUGUUUGAAGCAGUU